AUGAAGGACGCUCAUUAUGGGCUCAAGGGAGAAGAUAAUGAAAAUUUUGAAGAAAAAAUUGACGAAGACAAAUCAACGAACUCUUUUAAUGUAGAAUUGAACAGACAUCAAUGUGAGGUAAGAAUGGUGCUCAAAGUAUACCCAUAUCCUGUAACCGUCCCUUUAGCCCAACUUGCUGUUGGGACUGUGCUUGUUAUUCUCACGUGGAUGACCAAUCUUUAUAAAAGGCCAAAAAUUAGUGGCGCACAGCUUGCAUCUAUUCUGCCACUGGCAGUGGUGCACACCUUAGGCAACCUUUUCACCAACACGAGUCUUGGAAAAUUUGUUGUUUCAUUCACUCACACAAUAAAAGCCAUGGAGCCCUUCUUCUCAGUUGUACUCUCAGCUAUGUUCCUGGGAGAGGUGGCUAAUUAA